AUGUCGGAGCCGACGGACUCGAGCGCCCCGCCUGGCGAAUCCACCAAUCCUGCGACUGACUCGAAUGCGCCAGCUGUUGAGACAGAGCAACCUCCACCCCAGAAUGUGCCACUCCCGGUGGAAACACAUCAACCUUCAGCAGAGGCAAACCAAGAUCCACCGCAACCGACCGAGUCUGCACCAGAACAGCCAGUAGAACUAGCACCGCCAGCACCACCAACAGAACCAACGGAGCUAGCGGCGCCAGAAGAGCCAGCAAGGGCAAUUCCGCCCCCCUCAGAUCCAACACAGGAUGUGGGCACGUAUCAGCCAGAAGAAACCAGCCAGCCAACACAUGCUCCAGACCUGACCUUACCAUCCGUUGAAUCAUCACUCCCAACGAUUGAUUCGUCACUCCCACCUAUGGACACAUCGCAUGCUUUCGAUGAUUCGGACAUGAACUCCUUUGAUGCGUUGCCUUCAAUAGGUUCAUCCGCGGCACCAGAUAUGUCGCUGCCUGCAAUCGAUACAACACUUCCCUCGCUGGACCAUUCCUUGCCAGCGAUUGGGACUGAUGAUAUCCCAACGAUGGAUGGGCAUGACUUUGGCGAUGAUAGUCAUUUAGACCACCACGAUCCAAAUUCCGGUAUGGCAGACUCUACGGGCCAUGGUCACGACACAACACAACACCAUGGGGCCGUGAAUGGUGGAUCUCACUACCAUGCGCAAACAAAUGGUACAUACCAAUAUUCGCACAGUCCUGUACAAUCACAGCCCGGAAGUCAGCAGUCACCACAGACACAUACGCAACACCAGUUCCAAGCACAGCCGCAACAGCACUAUCAGCAAAACGACAUGUAUCACAAUUCUGGUGCUCAAGGCCAGGUGCCACAGGCUCCGAUCGGGUCGCCUCUCCCGAACAAUAUGCCUCCGAUGGCUUCAAUGGGACAAUACAUGGCUGGUUAUCCGUCCAACAUGGGACAAGGGAAUGCGCAAAUGCGGUAUCAACUGCCAGGAGACCCAAAUAAGAUGCUAUCAGGCAAUAGACACAAGAAAGAAGUCAAGCGACGAACAAAAACCGGUUGUUUGACUUGUCGCAAACGAAGAAUCAAGUGCGACGAAGCACAUCCGGUUUGCAGAAACUGCGUGAAAAGCAAACGUGAAUGCUUGGGCUACGAUCCUGUGUUUCGGACUCAAGCCUCCACACCAUCGGCUAUCCAACCAGCUCCUAACCCUCCCCCUUCACUGGUCGUCAAUCCUCAAGGCCCUUCUACCUCAUCAGCACCCUCAUAUCCUUCUUAUCCUUCUGCGCCUCCUGGGUAUAUGCCCGCCUCGUCUCAACCAUUUGCACCUUCUCUCCACUCUGAAUCGCCCUCUGCCUCUACCGACCAGCACGAGCACGGAGCUUCCAUCGACUCCUCUUUGGCAACGAGCAACCAAACAAAUCAUACAGAAAUGCAGAAUACCGGUGCACCACGCCAACAGGGCUCUGAGCCUUCAUACAAAGCCAAGAAUCUCUAUAUCAAUGAUCUCUUCUCUCUGCGAGGGAUUGCCCCUCCUCCUCCCCAUCCAGUCGGUACACUUCCACCCGGUCGACUCGAAGAGAUCCAGGCAGUGUUCCUGGCCACCUAUGCGCCUGCGAUCGAUAAGCUUCUAGAGGUUCGCUGGUAUUCAGAGAGUGCUCUCUCAUUACUCAUGGCCGAUGCGCAGCUUAUGGCCGAUUAUUCAGCCUUGAUCAAUGCGUUCAACGAAUGGAAUCUUCAAGACGGUGAAACCCUUGCUCGCCUAGAGAGUUUCGAGGCCUCAAUAAUCUGGAAAAGCAUGGCGCUGUGUCGCCAGGUACCAGAUGGAGAAACUGGACAACAAGGGCGAGACUGGAAUCUCUGUGUGGCUUGCGCUCGGUUAAACGUGGUGGAGGCAUUGCUGACCUGGAAUCACCUGGACUCAAAUCCCUUGUCACGAGAGCUUGUUAUGGAUGCCGCCAAUCCCCCGAAUACCCCGGAUCAGUUCCAGAGUCGUCAAUUGGAUUUCUGGGAUCAGGUCGGAGAAUUCCUUACACUUUAUGACAACGAAGCAAGCUCAGCCAAGCAAAUUGAUGACACCCUGGGUCGGUGCCGACAAUUACUGGAUACAUAUGAGAAUCGCGACAUCAUUUACUCUAUCUCCGUCGCACGCCACCUAGGACAACGAUGGGCCGACUUCCCCAACAGCCUGCCCAAGGUGGGCUACACUACCGAGAAAGAGGCGGGAACCAAACUGUUCGUCGCACAGAAGUUCCUCGAAGAGGAAGCCGAGGGCAAGGGCACAACACAAAUCUACAAGCGAGUUUGCUGUAUGGCAGUCCGCUCAUGGUGGGUUGCUCGUGGGUAA